AUGGACGAAGACAUCGAUGUUUCAGUUGCGGUGAGGCAGCUAAAAGAAGGUCGAAGCGAUCCUUCAAGACAAGUUCGCCCUCUGCUCAAGCUUGCUGACUGGCACUUGAGAAAGUCUAAGGAAACCGCGAAUGGCGCCGAUUUCACAAAAGCGAACGCGCUUUACAACGCUGCUCUUGUAAGGUCGGAACUUCUAAAUUAUGAAGUUGGCGAAGACCAGAUUAUUCGAGGAAUCGUCGAAACCUAUCGCACAUUUUUGUCGACGUUUACAAACGAUGAGGAUGUCGGUGUAGACGAGAUUCGCAAUGAGAUUCGCUCGCAUAAGGAGUUCCUUGCCAAGGAGAGGAAGAUAUUCAAAGAUCGUCUUGAGCAUCAGUACGAGGUAUUUAAAAAUAUAAAUUUGAAGUGAAAUGAAAACACAAGUGCAGUUAAUUCUCCAAUAUCUCUUACAUCAGCUAACCCUCUUAUAAAUAGGGAUGGACUAUUGGAAAAGUGAAGGGAAUGGGGUGAGCAGUAGGCAAGUUCAGACUUGCAUACUUUUUGCUUCUGUGGUCUGCUUGCUCUGCAAGUUUUUUGUUUUGCUUUGAUGGUUUGUUUUUCAAUAUUAUCAUUUUAUCUGGUUGUAUUUUGAGUAUAAGGCUUUACUGUCGUUCCAGUUGAAGUGUUGCUCAAAUAUUGAUUCAAUACAUUACCUCGGGCCGACCAAUUCAUUUGAUCAAGUUCCUCGAGAUAUUCAUACACUUCCUAUGAAAGAGCCAAUUCCAAGUACUAUAUUUGAUAAUUUCUGGUCACUUCCUUUCUAUUUAUGAUUGGUUAGUUGCACAAACAACAAAGGUGAUUGGUGCAUUCAAACUAUUCAACAGGAAGUUUACAAUUAUACUAGGAAGUGUAUGAAUAUCUCGAGGAACUUGAUGAAAUGAAUUGGUCAGCCCGAGGUAAUAAUGUAUUGAAUCAAUAUUUGAGCAACACUUCAAUUGGAACGACAGUAAUUGUUUAUGAAGGGAGUUUGCUGUAUUGUUAUAAAUGUGGACGUUUUAGAUUUCAUCCAUCAAUAUAGUGCAUUUAAUUGCAUAUAAUGGCUGUUAUUUUUAAAAGACAUUACCCCCUCUUGAGGAACCUGGAAUUUCUUUACGCCAUGGUUAUAUGUCCGGCACCGGACCUUCUUGCUUCACAGCUAAAGGUCCGACUAAACCCAACUCUAACCCUGAAAACUAACCCUAACCUAACCCCCUAACCUAACCCAAAAGGGUAAAAAAUUAUGAUCGGCGAGCUAGUGCAUAUAACACGGGUGCCUAAACCACAAUACUACAGGAUUUGCUUGAAAUUCAAUUAAAUUUAUACACGCUUUUUUUAACGAGUUUCAAAUAAUAUAUAUAUAAAGAAUACCAAUGGACUUUACUUUAACAAAUACAAAUGUAAUGCAUGUGGCAUAUUGUAGUUUAUAUGAAAUAUAAUGAUUAAUUUGCAAUAUAUAUUGAACAAAUGCAUACUCUGUUAUUCUUUAAGAUCCAUACAGAUAUGAUUUACGACGUUUUUCGAGAUAUUCAAGAUAUGUACACAAGGCUUGUAUCAAUGUUAGUCAAAGAAUGCGAGGGUAGACUUGGCCAACCACCAUGUGACUAUGCUAUGGUUGCCAUGGGCUCAGUAGCACGAAUGGAAGCAACGCCUUUUUCAGAUUUGGAAUUUGCCAUUCUAUACGCGGACCCUGCUAUUGGGGACAAGAUUAGCUACUUUCGAGUGUUGACCCAUUUUCUUCAUUUGAAAGUGAUUAAUCUAGGGGAGACUAUCCUACCAGCUCUUGGGAUUGAACAGCUCAAUGAUUUUCAGUCAUCAGCCCCUGAUGGUAGUUGGUUCUAUGACUCGGACACACCUCCAGGCAUUUCAUUCGAUGGAGCAAUGCCAUGGGCAUCGAAAACACCCCUAGGAAGGAUGGCGACGGAGGAUAAACCAGCAUUGGAGUUGAUCAAAACACCAGAAGAUAUGGCUGAAUUACAAGAUGAAGAAAUUUCUUUAAAAGAAGGUUAUCAUUUAGGUAAUGUUAUCUAUGAUGAACCAUAUUGUUCAGAACUUUAAAAAAAAACAUCUGGCCGAAACGUCUAGCCAGAACUGGGAUCAAGUUAUAUAAUCACAUUUUAAAAAGUUAAUAUCUUGAUACGCAUAGAAUAAACUCGUAGCUCAGUUGGCAGACCAUUGGACUGGUAUCCCAAAGAUCACGGGUUCGAUUCCCACUGUGGCCAGGCUAACUUUUCAGCCUGCCCGGUGUGGAUAUACACUUAGAGUAACAUCAAAAACGGCAUAGAGUAAGCCGCUUAAACAUCAUGAAGUGUCAUUGCGUAUACUUUAUCUUGCUUUCUUUUUCUUGCUUUCUUUUUCUUUGAAUUUUUUGCUCAGUUUUAAAACAACAUUUAACCCAUUGAGUGGUAGCACUUUCCACUUGACGAGUAAAAUCGUCUGGCGUUAGACAGAGCAAAAUACUAAAGUUGGGCGCAUUAGAGUGCAUUGCCACUUAAAGGGUUAAACCACCAAAACUGUAAUUAGACCAAAAAGUAAUGUUAAUGUAUUUUUUAGACUGUAUAGACUAUCAUUAUGUGGAUAUUAUUUUAAUUACUAGUUGACGUUAUUCUUUAGCUGAUAUAUUGUUAAGAGUUGCUUUACUUUAUGGAAAACGAGCUUUACUGGACGAGUACAACGAACGUGUGGCUGAAAAAUUGAAUACAAAAUCAUCUGCAGCAAAAGGCAACUCUACCAAAACGGUAGGCUUCAUUCGAGGAAUUCAACAAAUGAUCCUGGACAUUGAAACCUAUCAUCCCCAGAAUUGCUAUCUUGGAGUACACUGCGCCGUGGGCGGCCUUUUCGAUGCCAAGAAAGAAUUCUACCGUCUCAUAUCCCUACUUCUUUCUGAUUUGGGACUGAUAUUCGAUAUCAGAUCUCCCUCACCCUGGCGGGUAAUUAUGGAGUUGUGGACUCGCGGAAUAAUUGAUGAGACGGAGAAGAACAACAUCAAAGAGUGUUUAUCGAUUGCCAACGAAAUACGGCUUAAGGCGUACUUUGCUUAUAACAGACAAAAAUAA